AUGACCAAUUUGGAGAUUACCAACACAUCGCUUCUCCUGGUGUUCCAGAAGAGAUGGAUCGAUGACGAUUCCAUUUCCGUUACUUCCGCAUCUGAAGAAGAGCAAUCUCAGAACAUAGCUCAAGUACAAGGCGAUAUAGCCAAGUACGAGUUUGAACUGAGAGCUCUCGACAAUAAGGCCAACCUUUUGAUGGAGCUUCCACAGAGCACCGAGGAUGAAAAAAAGCAAGCUUUCUAUAAUAGGAAGUUUGUUGAAGCUCAUGAAUGUCUUAAGUGUUACAGGGAGGAAGCAAAAUCCUUUAGUAGUCCUUCUGGUAAACAGGAUGGACGCGCAAUUAAGCCUAAAGAUCUUCCAGUCUUUGAAGUUACUGUAAGCCUUCGAAUUAUAAGGAUUUUGACAAUGAACUUAAUCCCAACUCUAUCAAUGCCACCAAUGAUAACUAUUCGUUGGAAACGUUCAUUUUAA